AAAUAAAAUAAAAUAAAAUAAAAUAAAAUAAAAUAAAAUAAAAUAAAAUAAAAUAAAAUAAAAUAUAAAAUACCCCAACUAUCUCCCUGCCUCACCUGUGCCAAAAUAACCCUGGCUCUGUCAGAUCUGCUGGAGGAAUAAAGCUGCUUAAUGACUGCAUCUGCUGCAAAACAGUGUCAGUGCUCUGUGCAGGGAAACUGCUCAAUCAGCAUAAAUCAGGGAAAAAAGGGAUAUCCUCGAAAUUUAUAUGACUCAUCAAAUGCUGAAGUCAGUCUCAGCUUGGGGUGGGCCAAGGGGCCCAGUGUAAAGCAGCUGCUGUCUCAGAGCUGUGUCUGAAACCUGGCCAGGCUGUGUUUGGAGGUGGAGAGGAGGCUUGCAGAGAUCAAACACCUCUCACUGGAGCAGUGGGAAGUGGUCCUGUCAGCUGGGCAAGAGGUGCUCAGAGUGAUGCCCCAGAUGAGUUGCCCCCAGCAGAUAACACCCAUAAACCUGAUCUCUCCCUGCCAUCUCUGAGAGGAAGAGGGAGAAGGCAGGAGCACCACAGUCAGUGGGUAUGAAUCCAUUUCCCCACAAUUCACCCCAGCACAGAGGUGUCCAAAGGGGUCUCCAGCCACUGUCACUCCUGAUGUACAGAGAAAAGCCAAGUCCAUGAAUUAAUGUGUCAAUGCUCUAUUUUCUGCAUGAGGUCUCAUUCCCAGACAGUGGUUUCUCCUUCUGAACUUUUCUAGGGUGCUCCACCUCCCUUGUCCUUGACAAGGAUGUACAGGUUUCCAGCUGUCCAUCCCAGGCCUUCCCUGGGACCUGCUGGUUUCUGAUGCCCCUUGACAGAGGCUUCUCCAUUUUUAAGAGGCUUUGCAAGCCUCAGUAACCUGCCUGAGCAGAGCUGCUGGACAGUGAGAAAUAAGCCCAGGAUCCCUACAAGUGGGGCUCCAGGAAACAGUCUUUCUCCCUGAGAGAUCUCCACCAUGUAGGACUGACCCACUCAAAUGAUGGAGACAGUUCUGAAAACACCUUUCCAUGAGAAAUGUCAUUUGAGGGUGACAAAGGACUGAAGCUUCCCCAGGGCUUCAGAAGAGCCUGUCUGGUCAUGGCUGGAAGAACAGCUUUAAGGAAGGAGUCACAUCUGUAUUAGUACAUGGAACUCAGACCUGAGUCACCCCCAGGGAGAUUUUAUAGUCGUAAAUUGGACCACUGCCACAGAAAACGCUGGGGGUUGAGGAAUGGGAGGGAAUACCAUGAGCCACACACAACAGGGUGAGCCUGAAGACUUGAGCUUGUUGCACACUGAUAGGGAAGGAAGGACAGGGACACAAUGUCUCUGCCAGAGCAGAUCUCCUCAGCCAAGUCAUCCCACCAAAAGGCCAGACAUGGAUUUAGGGUAAAAGGAAUCUCUGGAAGUCAUGUAGCUCAGCCUCCUGCUCAGGGAAUGUCUCUGAAUAACAGCAAGUCCUCUCACACAAGGAUGUGGAUGCAGAGCUGAGUGAUGUUUGGCUGUGUGGUGUGUGAUGAUAAAUGCACAGCACUGGUGUGAAUUUACACAACUCUAAGUAACAUUUACUCCUCUUUUCCUUUACCCUGAACAGCACUAGCCAGUAUGAUCUCACUCUCCCUCUCCAGCUUAGGGGCUGAUGCUUUAAAAUCCAAUAUUCUUCUCCUUUACUGAUUUUCAUAAGCACAACAGAGCUAUUCCUACUCAUGAAACACCAGUCCAGGCUUGUGUGACCCAGGAGUGACUUUUGUUGGAGGCUCAGAUAUGCUAUGGGCAUUGAGAGGAGAUUUGAAAGAGCAGAUUAGUGAUGUCUUCUUAUCUCUGGUAAAAGCAGCCAGGAGGUCUGGUAAAACCAACCUUUGCCAAAUUACACACAAAAUUUCACACACUGAGGGCAAUGCAGCUACCCAGUUUACCAGGAAUAAAGAUACAAACCACUCAGGGAUUCUACCCAGGAAGCAGCUCAGAUAUUCAGCAGAAAUCAGGUUAAUCUGCUUUUCAAGUGACAUCAGAACCUUAGGCCAAGCCAAGCUGGUGUCAUUUCCCAAAUCCUGUGUGUUCUGAAUGUCAGUGUGUGUAACGUGCUGCUUUCCCCUAGGGUACUCUCUAAGCCAGGUCUUUUUUAGGAUUAUCCCCAAGAAACUGCAGUUUAGAUCUAGUUUUAUGACUAACAAAGGUUUCUACAAAUGAAAACAGAGAGCUUGGGACACAGCUGUCAAGACCAAGUCUACUUGGACUACCAGCCAUAUUUCCUGAUCCAGAGAAGUGUUCUUCUGCUUCUCACAUAUAGUCUUCAGGAUGCAUUAUAUAGUCAUUAAACCAUUAAAGGGAGCAGCAAAUUUACUCUGUUUGCAUCCGCACACCCAGUAAAAUUAACCUUCAUUUGUAGAAUCCCAAAUUCAUGCCUCAGACAAAAACCUUGUGUUGCAGCAGAGUUGCCUUCAGGUGGCCUUGUUACACAUCUCAGGCUGGAAAAGGACAAGAUGUCACUAUAGUGUCUCCAAGAGUGGCAGUGCUCUGGCACCUUUGUUCUAUUCCCAAGAGCAGGGAGGGAAUGGCUGGUGACAAAGUGCAUGCUGGAGGGCUGCACUGUAUCAUCAUAAUGGACUGCUGUGCCAGUACAGGUGCUCAUUUUAUCACACUGGAUUAGGGCUUUAGUGCUCACACAGUUUAAACAUUAAUAUUUGCCUAUUUAAGCCACAGGCACCAGCUCAUCCUGCUCACAGAAGUGCUCACCAUGGCUGAGUUUGGAGAUCUUUUAUGUGCUCUGGGGGAGUGUGGGCUCUAUCAGAAACUGCUGACCCUGCUCCUCUCCCUCCCACUACUUCUCAAUCCAUUCCAAAUGGUUGGCCAAGUGUUCAUGGUUGUGAACGUGCCUCACCACUGUGACACCAGCUGGAUCCGCGCCGUCGGCCCCAACCUGACGGAGGAAGAGCAGCUGAACCUCACCCUGCCCCGGGGCACGGACGGGGAGUUUGAGCAGUGCUCCAUGUACUCCCCAGUGGACUGGGACCUCCAUUCCAUCGUGGCCUAUGGGCUGAAUGACACCGAGAAGUGCAUCAAUGGCUGGGUGUACCCUUCAGACCAGCCACCGUCCCUGCUCACCGAGUUUGACCUGGUGUGUGACAGGAUGGUCCUGAAUGAUGUCUCCCAGUCCAUCUACAUGGCUGGGCUUCUCAUAGGAGCCAUGGGCUUUGGGAUGCUAAGUGACAGGAUAGGCAGGCGGCCAGUCUUUCUCGUCUGCGUCUUCCUCCAGAGUGUGUUUGGCCUGGGAACGGCCUUUGUGCCCCAUUUCUAUGUGUACAUGGCCUUCAGGUGUGUCGUGGGAGCUGCGGUAUCAGGAAUUAUGAUUACAGUCGUAUCCCUGAUUACAGAAUGGGUCGGUGUCACCUACCGGACAAAGGCGCUGCUAAUGACUCACACGGCUUUCGCCAUCGGGCAGGUGAUGGUGGCUGGUUUGAGUUAUGGGAUUCGCAACUGGAGGCUGCUGGAAAUUGCAGGAUCUGCUCCUAUGUUUGCCCUUUUCUUCUACAUCUGGGUGCUCCCAGAGUCAGCUCGCUGGCUGGUGACCAAAGGCAGAAUCGAGGAAGCCAAGAAGGUUCUGCAGAAGGCGGCAGCCAUCAACAAGCGCAGCCUCCCACCAGAGCUGCUGGAGCAGCUGAAGCCUGAGAAAGAGGUCAAGUCUGGAAGUUUCCUGGAUCUCUUUCGGAAGAACCUGCGGAAGGUGACUUUAAUCAUGUCAUGUGUCUGGUUUGCAGACAGCAUUGUCUACUAUGGGCUGAGUCUCAGCGUUACAGAUUUUGGCAUGGACAUCUACCUGACACAGCUGGCCUUUGGAGCAGUGGAGCUUCCAGCUCGAAUUUCCUGCAUAUUCCUGCUGGAGUGGUUUGGGAGGAAGAAAGUACAGGGCAUUCUCCUGCUGCUGUCUGGCCUGUUAUGUCUCAUUAUCACUGGCAUCCCUGAAGACCAGCCCAUGGCAACCACUGCCCUGGCCAUCAUCGGCAAGUUCACAUCUACCGCCGCUUUCUCCACCUCCUACGUCUACGCUGCUGAGGUCUUCCCCACCAUCCUCAGGCAGACAGGUGUGGGGCUGUGCUCAACCAUGGCGAGGGUGGCCGGGAUCCUGGCCCCGCUGAUCAUUCCCUUGGACCGGUACCACCGGGCCAUCCCCAUGGCCAUCUUUGGGAGCAUCCCUGUGGUGGUGGCCCUGUUCUGCAUCCUGCUGCCUGAGACCCGUGGCACUGACCUGGCAGAUGACACAGGGAACGACCAACCUCCAGCUCAGGAGCAGAAAACUGAAGAGUUUCUCUGAGACACCAGAGAUGUUGACAGAGACCUGGAGAAGGAUGUCUGCAGAUGCUCAGAGGUGAUGACUGGACAGGCAUCUACUGACAGUCUAGUCUGAUUCCAUCAUUCUUGAAGCAGGCCAGGGAGACACUGCUGCCUGGAAACUGGUCUUUCAGAUGAUAAACUCAAUACCCACAGUCACAGGGAGAGGAAAUCUGUAUCACAGAUUUGGAACAGAUGCACUUCCAAGUGUCCCUGAAACCCAGUUUGGUCAUGCCUGGCUGGCCUCCCAACGUGUUCCCCAGUCCUUUGCAAGCUGGUACCCGUGGAACCAUCCCUGUCGUGUUUUACAGCAAUAAAGAAUCACCAGUAGAGUGGCUGUACUGGGCAAAAGCGGGCGCUGGGUUUGUCCCUCCUGCACUAAAUCCCUUGGGUCGUUGGGCUGCGCGCCAGCCCAAGCCUCGACGUUUGAUCAGGAUGUCACUGCACCCCUGUCACACACCUAUUUAGCUUUUCUUUCCAUGUGGUGUUGAAGUUGAGUUUCUACAUGAAUAAUAUAAAUUAUGCUCUGAGUUUGAUAAGAGACACUUGUAAUGCAAUAUGUGAAUAAUAAAUGGUGUUGACUCUUU